CUCUGCUGGCCCAAGGUGUCGCUCCCUCGCAGGACUCACUGCAGAGGAUGAGCUCAGCUGACUUUGUGCCUCCCCGUUAUUAUGUCCGCGAUCGGGCGCCGCCAACACCCAAACUCAGUGCGGCAAAACAGGCGAGUGGUGCUCAGCAUCUCGUCUAAUGAAUGAGUGCGCAGGAAGAAGUAUGAGUCACGAAUGAGGUCUGCAAGAUGUCUUUUAAGAAGGAAACACCCCUGGCUAAUGCUGUGUUUUGGGCAGCGAGGAAGGGGAACUUGGCUCUGCUUCAACUGCUACUCAACAGCGGGCGAGUGGACGCAGACUGCAGAGACAGUGUAUGGACACUGCAUGCUGUGGCUGCUCAGAUGCACACUUUAACCAUAUUCCACCUGUGGUAGGGACACAGAAAGCUUCGAGCCUUACCUGUGGGGUUCAUGUAGUGCAUUAUGGAACAACAGCGCUGAUGGUGGCAUCAUACAGCGGCCAUUAUGACUGUGUUAAAGAGCUUAUCAUGCAAGGGGCUGAUAUCAACUACCAAAGAGAGACAGGUUCUACCGCUUUGUUCUUCGCCUCCCAGCAAGGACACCAUGACGUUGUAAAGCUCCUCUUUGAAUUCGGUGCCUCCACUGAAUUCCAGACAAAGGAUGGUGGCACAGCUCUCACUGUCGCGUCUCAGUACGGUCACUCCAAAGUGGUGGACACCCUGCUGAAAAAUGGAGCCAAUGUUCACGACCAGCUGAACGAUGGUGCCACCCCUCUUUUCCUUGCUGCCCAAGAGGGUCAUGUGACUGUGAUUCGUCAGUUGCUGUCAUCCGGUGCCAAGGUCAACCAAGCAAGGGAGGAUGGCACUGCCCCCCUGUGGAUGGCAGCCCAGAUGGGUCACAGUGAGGUGGUGAAGGUGCUGCUCUUACGCGGUGCUGAUCGGGAUGCUGACAGACAAGAUGGAUCAACAGCGCUGUUCAAAGCAGCGCUGAAAGGCCACAAUGGCGUCAUCGAGGAACUCCUCAAAUUUUCUCCAUCACUUGGCCUUCUUAAGAAUGGCUCUACUGCCCUUCAUGCUGCUGUUAUGAGUGGAAAUCUUCAAUCUGUUCUGCUGCUACUUGGAGCGAAUGCUGACCCAACACUACCCAAUAAGAAUAGUGAACUUCCUGCAGAUCUGACAAAGAAUGAUCGCAUCCUUAAGGUUUUACGUCCAAAAAUCCUGAAUGGACACAGCUGAUAACGGCACAGAUUCCUGCCUUCACGCCUGCCUGUGUAAGGAGGGGGAAGGAAAACAAGUGUCCAAUCCACUCAAUUACAACACGUACUGUACACGGUGCUUGCUUUUGGUUGAAAUUAAGCUGUCGUAUGCCAAACAAACCUGGACAAAGUAUAGCGCAACACAAAAAACAUUUGUCUUCCAUGUGCAUCAUCCCCUACUGGUCUCCUGUUUAUUUUUGUUUAUCCCAAGUGUUGUCAGAGUUCUAUAUAUUUUGCACUCUUUA